AUGAGGUGCCAGGCCAGGCGCCAGGGUGGUAUGUAUCGAAGCCUUGCUCCCAUGGCGCUGCUCAGCCUUGCGUGUGCCCUCCCGCAAGCUGGUGAGGUCGACCGAGCCCCCGUCCCAGGAGUUGGGAAGUUCGGAAGCCCUCUCCCCGGCGGUGACGGAGGUGGCUCUGCUGCGCCACGCGCCGGAAAAAGAGAGACGCUCUCUGAGGUGCACGUGGAAGAACGUUUCUGCAUGAGCAACAAUCGUCGGAGGUCCAGUUGGAUUUGUUGGGCCCGAGUGGAUCUCCGAGAGUGUUUGUGUAUGGCGUUGUUUGUUCUUCUAACAUCUUCACUCGGCGAUGGCGUCUUCCCGUCCCAGGGCGAGGCCCUGGGCCUUGCAGUGCGCGGCACGUCUGGCCGGCCGUCGCGCGGCGGACUGCGAGCGUGCGCUGGCCGACCUCGCGAGCGCAGCUGGGAGGCAGGGCGCCUCCUGCUGCUGUCGCGCAUGCGUGACCAGUCGCCGCUCCCAGCUGAUCCCCCUCUCACGUCCCCCUGCAUGCUCUCGGCUCCGAGGAGGAGCAGCUCUUCUUGA